AUGGUGAAUCAAGCUGAAUUUGCGGCAUUGUUGGAUGAGCUCAAGAAGAUUAAUGCUCGGUUGGAUAAGUCGGAAGAAGUUACUGCUUUACUCCAGCAAGAACUACAUAACCGUGAACCACCUCCGCUCAUACGCAAUCACACAGUUGAGGAGAUAAAGCUUGCUGAUUUGCCUAGCUUUGACGGUGAUGGUGAUCCAGACUUAUACUUGGAUUGGGAGAGGAGAAUGGAACGUAUAUUUGCACACAAAAAUCUGGACGAUCACAAACAUUUCAAUCACGCUAUCCUCAAGAUCACAAGGUAUGCUUCCCUUUGGUUUGAUUCCAUGCAAAAUAACCGUGAAAGAGAAGGUAAGCCACAACUCUCUACUUGGACAGAUUUAAAGACUAAGAUGAAAAAACGAUUUGUUCCACGAUCUUAUAAGCAAGACUUGUAUUUGAAAUUAAAUUCUUUGACACAAGGAUAUAUGUCGGUUGCUAAUUAUACCAAAGAAUUCGAAAGACUUUAUAUUGCUUGUGAUUGCAAGGAUGAAGAGGAACAAAAGAUUGCAAAAUUUGUGAUUGGUUUGAAUACUUCUCUACGUAAUCAAGUCGAAGUACUACCCUUGACUACUUUUGAUGAUGUUUGUAUGAUUGCUUGCAAGUUAGAGAAGCAAAAGAAGCCAUACCCUUCUAUUAAGCCGCAAACCGAAAAUUAUGAUAUUGCUCCAGGUUCAUUAGAUGCCACGUCUAAGCAUGACAAACUUGUGUCAAACUUAAAGCAAGGGCAAUCUUCUCUGCCUCAAAGUCAACAAAAGAUGAAACAAAUUGUUUGUUUUAAGUGUCAGGGCAUGGGGCAUCUUGCUAAGCAAUGUCCAAACAAGGCACUUAUUACUAAGGAGGAAUACUACACAUUUUUAUCUCAAAACGUGGAUGAAUUGGAUGUUUGCUAUGCAGAAAAUGAGCCUAAGAGCUUGAUUAUAAGGAGGUCUUUAUUACCCACGCUUGAUGAGAAAGAAGAUGAGCAAAAGUCUAAUCUUUUCCAUUCUAAGUGCCUAAUUAAUGGUAAAGUUUGCUCUUUUAUAAUUGAUAGUGGCUCUUGUACAAAUGCUUGUGCUUUGUCUAUGGUGGAUUCGCUUCAAUUACCUACAAGAAAGCACCCUCAGUCAUACAAAUUGAGUUGGUUUAAUGAUGACAAUGGUGUGUGGGUUAAAAAACAAACUUUGAUUGGUUGUAAAGUAGGUGACUAUGUGGAUCAAAUUUGGUGCGAUGCCGUGCCAAUGACCGCAUGUUCUUUGCUUCUUGGACAACCUUGGCAAAGUGAUAGACACGUUUUUCACAAUGGCAAGACUAAUGUCUAUUCGGUUCUAAUUGGAGACAAGCGUUUAGCCUUGCAUCCCUUACCUCCUAUACGUCCACCUAUGCCUAAAGAACAAAAAGGAGGCGUUGCUCAUGUGUGUUUUAGCUCGUGCCAUCAGGAGGUGCUUGAUUGUUCAAACGAUAAGAGAGAACGAAGGGACAAAUUGCUCCAAAUGCGCAAAGGAACUAAUCUGCAAGAGGGAUCGAAAGUGUGGUUGUCCUUAAAUGCUCAACGUAUGCAUAUUGAUCACAAGAAUGGUGAACCAAUGGAUGAGGGACCGUUUGACAUUGUUGAGAAGGUUGGCUAUGAAACAUUCAAGGUUCUUCUAGGGAAUGGAGUUUGUGCUACUCUUCCUUCGUCCGAUUUGGUACCUUGCUUUGAGGAUGAAACUUGA